AUGCGGCUUGCUUUCUUGUCGAUCAUUUUUGUGCUCUUCGGUCUGGCAGCAGCCUGGACCAAAGAGGACCAUGAGAUUUUCGAUCUCGUCUCUGCUCUUGAGCUCUCCGAGGGUAAAGGCACCACCUUCUACUCAUUGCUGAAUAUCGACUCAAAUGCGAACCAAGCUGCCAUCACCAAGGCGUACAGGAAGAAGUCUAUGCAGAUGCACCCUGACAAGAACCCUGGGGUCAAGAACAUCCAGGAGAGGUUCGCGCGCCUUGGAGUAAUCACCGCUAUCCUGCGCUCGCCGGAGAGUCGCGAGCGGUACAAUUUCUUCUACAAGAACGGUGUCCCGAAAUGGCGCGGAACAGGCUACUACUACCAACGUUUCCGACCUACCCUCUUCCACACCCUCGUCUUUAUCGCCUUCCUCACCUCGCUCGCCCAUCUCCUCGUCAUGCGCCUCAACUACAACAAGGACCGAGCACGCGUGGCGUACUUUGAGCGCAGUGCUCGCGCUGCAGCGGGUAGCACCAAGGAGAAGGCGGGCGCGGCGGCUGGGCAGAGAAGACGGAAAGUCAAGGUACCCAUGGUGGAGGGCAAUGAGGGCGCUGGGGUAUUGGAACUGGUCGUCGAGGGUGACAAUGUAUUCUUGCCACAUGAGGACGGAUCUCAAACCCCUCUUUCCGAUCUCGCUACCCCUCCGGGCCUCACUCGCGUCUGGCCAGUCCGACUGUCCCUCUCCCUUGCCAACCGCGCCGUCUCUUUCCUCCCACCCGACGUCCAAGCGAAACUUCCCCCUAUCAUCCAUCAAAUCCUCUCCACCUCGGACAGCUCAGCCGAGACUCUGGACGAAGCCGAUGACGAGCCCGUCAGCGCGAUCAACACGCCGACGCCCUCAUCCAAGAAGAACCGCCUAUCCGAGGUGAAGAAGCAGGCACGACUUUCGGGGAACAGGGCGUCCAGCGGGGAAGAGUCCGCAGGGACCACUGAGGCCGAGUCGGACGAGGAAGAAGGAGAGGAGGUGGCUGGCUUGAGCGCCGAGGAAAAGAAGAAGAAGAAGGCGGGGCUAGGGAAGGCCGGUGGAGCGCGGCGGAGAAAGAUGGGAAUGAAGAAGUAA